AUGACUGGAUUGUUGAAUGGAAAGGUGGUUGCAAUAACCGGAGGUGUCACUGGUAUCGGACGGGCAAUUGCCAUAGAAAUGGCAAGGAAUGGUGCCAAAGUAGUAGUGAACCAUUUACCAUCUGAAGAGCAAGCUCAGUUGGCAAAAGAACUCAAAGAGGAAAUCCUGGACGGUGAAAACAACGUGCUCACCAUUCCAGGGGACAUCUCGCUCCCUGAAACAGGCAGAAGGAUAGUGGAGCUUGCAGUUGAAAAGUUUGGCGAAAUCAAUGUGUUCGUUUCCAAUGCUGGUGUCUGUGGGUUCAGAGAGUUUCUUGAAAUAACUCCCGAAACUUUGUUUCAGACGGUGAAUAUUAACUUGAAUGGAGCCUUCUUCGCCAUCCAAGCAGCUGCACAACAAAUGGUCAAGCAGGGCAAAGGAGGUAGCAUUAUUGGAAUCAGCAGCAUCUCUGCCUUGGUUGGAGGAGCACACCAAACCCAUUACACACCAACUAAAGCUGGAAUCUUGUCCUUAAUGCAAUCUACAGCAUGUGCUCUAGGUAAGUAUGGAAUCAGAUGCAAUGCGAUCCUCCCAGGGACAAUCAGUACAGCCUUGAACGAAGAGGACUUGAAAGAUCCAGAGAAGAGAAAGUACAUGGAAGGGAGAAUACCUCUAGGAAGAGUCGGUGACCCCAAGGAUAUUGCUGGACCUGCUAUCUUCUUGGCAAGUGAUAUGUCUAACUACGUUAAUGGAGCACAACUACUUGUUGAUGGAGGAUUGUUCGUCAAUUUACAAUAG